CGCCGCGAAUCCUGACUUUUUCCAUCGCCAGCAACUCGAACAAAGUAAUUUUAUCCUUUUUCCAAGUGCGGUACCAAAUUGGUUGGUUGAUUUUCUCAUCGAAACGACGCACCAAAUAGCCGGGGAUUCAGUGAAAAGUGCGAAAAGUGCAGCGGGGUCGUGCAAAGUGCUCUAAAUAAGAUGAAUCUAGCACGGCGUUGAUGCUGGCUCGCGCGGUGACGAAGUGGUGGCGUUGGCGUUUUUAUUUUUUUUGCAAUUUUGGCCCCCCUUUCUCGCGUCAUCUUUUGUCCGCGCGUUUAUGUGCACUCCGAACAUCGAAUUUAUCAAUGUAAUGCCGCAGCAGGGUAACUGCACCUCCGUUGGGCUGGUGUAGAAAGCCACAAAAGGCCUACACGGCAACAACAACAACACCGCGAACGGUAGGAGCGUAUGCGGUAUCGGCCAGACGUGUAUCUUCCCCAGUGGUUCCUCGGAUCGUUUGUGUUACCAGCUACAACUCGUGUGUGCCUGCGGUAGUGCAUCAUGGUGGUUUCCAAGGAAGGUAGAAGGCGACGCCGAGUCGCCGAUCCUAGUCCCAGUCCUGCCGAUACUAAUGCAGCGCCAGCCAACACUAGUGUGACAACGAGCAGUACUACGCCUCCCGAGCGAGAGCUGUCCCCACCGGAAAUACCGAAGCGGCCGAAGGUACAUGCACAGCGCAAGUUCGCCCAGGGUCAGGGUACCACCUCGUCCGCCUAUCUUAACUCCUACUCGUCUGCCCCGCCAACACCGGCUAAGGAUGCAGCAGGGCGGCCGAACGCGAACGGUGGUAACGGUACCGCGCUAGCGCCGGGAUCAUCAUCGGCACCCGGUUCGGCCAGUGGCACCGGUGCACCCGGUACGCCCGAUGGUGUUACCCCAACGCAGCAAAUGACCGAGCUGUUGCCCAAUAAGCGGCCAAACACGGAAGAUUUCCUUACCUUCGUGUGCUUCCAUCGCACCUCUGCGUUGCCCCCGGCUUUGGAUUUUUUCAACAAAUCAGCUUCCUCCGGUGUUGCCGCUGCAGCUGCCUCUACCGGUGGUCGAGGCUCAAACUCUGUGGGCGGGACCAGCAGCUCACGAGUGACCGCGGCAGCAAAACGGAAAGAAGAAAAGACACCACCGAGCGCCACCAAAGAGAUCGUCACAAAGAAGGGAGACCCAUCAUCACUAGCAGCAUCGUCAUCAUCAUCAUCAGCUGCCGUUACCUCGGCAACGCCAGCGCCUGCUACGUACAUGCCAUUUGCGGUGCGCAAAAGGGCCGCCGAACCACCGGAUGCUGAGUUGCGUUCCGAUCGAAAGCAGCGAUCCCAGGACAAGGUGCAAGCGUUGCGCAAAAAGUAUCGCGAUCAGCGCGUGGCCAAGCUUCGGGCAACGACCGGUAACACGAGGCCGGGUAUACGUGGUGGACCCGCGGGGACGAAAACGCGAUCCGCAGCAAGCCGUGAGCGGGAGAGCACGGACGAAGGAGAGGAUGCCGGUGAAGGAGCCGCCGAAGAAGAGGUAGAAGAGGAGGAGGACGAAGAAGUCGAUGCUGAGGUGGGGAAGGACUCCAAGAAGGCGAAGGAAGCUGUUAAACCGAGCCCUAAGGGAACAAAUAUCAAGCAGGAGUCGAAGGACUCGGAACCGGAGGCAGAUGGUGUAAAGGAUGGAGAGGCAGACGACAAACGACAGACAGGCGCUAAGCGAAAAAGUGGUCUCCGGAGUGGCAAUAGUACCGUUCAAUCCGUGACUCAAUCGAAAGCAAACACUAAAGUAGUAACAGCCGUUGGCAAGGAGACGCCGAGAAAGGAUCAACCAACAGCGGAAGACGGAAAAGGCAAAAAAUCGAUUAAAAAGGAGGAAUCAGUCACUGAAGAAAGCCCCAAGGGUGGCGGUGGCGCAAAGAAGGGUAGCAAAGGCGAAGAAGCGGAUGGUGGUAAGCGUACGACACGGUUGUCUGCAUUACGGAAUCCUACAAAAGCUACGAAAGAAUCGAGCUCCGAAGAUGAUGAACCACUGUCACGAACGGUGCCGAGCAGCGAUAUCGAUAAGCGAUCACCGGUGGAGCUGGAUUUGGGUAAAACCACGCGAUCCGGUCGUAGCCGUAAAUCGGAUCCUACCGGAGGAGGUACGGCUGCCGGUAACCGAAGCGAGAAGAAGGACGCUGGCGAAACGCAAGACAAAAAGGCGCGCCGAUCGGUAUCCGUGCUCAGUCGACGAUCGGACGUUAGCUCGCAACCGAAUGACGCUGGCGGUGGUACCAACAGUUCGGCGAAAAAUGUCCGUAGAGGGGAACCGAGAGCAAAGCAACAACGAACCACCACUGAGACGGCCGGGGAUGGCAUGAACCAUGAUUCGAAGGAGGAACCUUCAACGGAACCUUCUUCAUCACCGACAGCCGCCACCGGUCGAAAGCAGCCAACCGGCGCACGGAAGAAACGUGAAACGGUAGCGAAAAGAGCGGCCAUCACCCCGACAACAUCGGAACCGACAGAAUCACGUGAGCCGCCGGAGAGUGAAAAGCGACCGAACACGGUGGUCUCGAGCGCGGCCACUACCCCGGUGGAAUUGCAGCAGAGUUCCGGUCGACCGUCGAGGAAAACGAAGGAAGCGGCCACACUUUAUAUGGAACUAAUAGGCCGCAAGUUCAAUCAGGAUGACAAAUCCGACGAUGAUGAUGCCUCUUCGCUAGACAGUCUCGAGCUACCGAACGUACGCCGGUUGGAGCAGAUGGAAAACGAGCUCAAAAAGGCGAAUGCCGGUAAGAAGGAAGCCAAGGUAACGGCCGGUGCCGCCUCCACCGUCGUUACUGCGACGACGGUUGCUACCACCGGUGCCAGUGGAACGAAGAACGCGAAAUCGAAGCAAACUGUGACGGGGGAAGAGGCUAAAUCGAAUCGACGCAAAACAAAUGAGGCUCUCGUAUCCAAAGGUGGCACAGGCGAAGAUGAAACGGUGGGGAAGAAGUUGGAGAAAAGCUUCAGUGAUUCCGACGAGGAACCGUUGGCCACUAAGUUUCAGCGGAAAAAGCAACCACAACAACGACAACCGACGGCGCAGGUAGGUGCAAAAGCAAAAGGAGCUAAUGCUGCUGCAGCUGGUGGUGGAAAAUCAGCAAAAAGUCCGGAAAGCAAAAAAGAGGAACUCUCGAACCAGCAUCAGGCGGCACCACCAACCACACCAACCACCGGUUCAAGGGGCAAACGAUCGACCGGACUCGCUUCAUCGCCAGGGAAACAGAACGGAACGACACCACCUUUCACCGGUGGAGCAGUAGGCGCGGGAAGUGCAAUGAAAACGCCAGUAAAAACUGGCGGUUCACGUGGUGCCACCAACAGUUCGAACCAGAACUCACCGGCUGCGACUCAGCCGAUUUUGAAUACCACCCAGGAUCCACUGCGCAGUCCCGAGUCAUCAUCGACGAAGCUAAACCGUUCCGCCGACCACAAUACCACGCUUCAAUCGACGAUCGUUGAGGCAAGCGAAAGUCCGACGAAAGUGAUCCAUCCGACGUUGCCAACUCCUCCUCUCCUUAAUAUACCGACCGUACCGGUACCGCUGAGCCGUACCGAGCCUCCACCGGGUUCACCGUUCACUCGGCAAAUGGUUAAACCAUCCGAGCUGAUAGUACCCUCCGGUCCACUGAAAACUUCUCCACCGGGAACACUGACCGGGAUUGGCUUCACUCCGGAUAUACCCUUCAACCGCACCGCAGGGAAGAGUGCGGAGCUGAUAGCGCUCAGCAGCACGGACUUUAUGAAGAGUUUUGAGGAGCAUGCCGCAAGCGAAGCCGCCAAAGCGGCCACCAGCUCGCUGCUGGGUAAUCUGCUCCCAAGUAAGGAGGAAUCGGAAAAGAUUUUCGGCAUCGCUAGUGUCAGCUUGGCGCAAAGUUCGGGUCCGCUCGAUACCAAGUGUACGCUGGGCAAGUGUGGAUCGGUCCACAAGCCACCGCUGGGGCCGCCCGUACUGACCGAAUCGCUGCUCGGCGGCCAUUUGUCGCCGAGGGAUCGUCGGAAGGCGAAAGUGAACAUGACUCAUGAACAGAUACAGCGGUGGAUCGAUGAAUCGUCCUGGUCCCCGAUUGAGGACGAUCUGCGCGAGGAACCGGAGAUCUCGAGUGCGUCCAUGAGCCGCACACCUCCGCCACCGGGUCAAACGGCCUGGGAUCGGUUAACUGCAUCGGAAUCGAACAAUCUAAAUGUACCGACGGUAGUGUCCACACCGGUCACAACACCGACAACCAGCGGUUUGGUAACAUCCACUCCCGUCACCAGCACACCCGUCGCAAAUGCCGGUACCGGUGAAGAGAUAAAUGGAACCAAGACGUCAGCAGCAACAAUGGUCACCCAAAGCUCACCACAGGCCACCACGGUCGGAGGAGCGAUCGCACCGAAACCGACCUCGGAACUACUUGCACCGAAAGCUAUAGCAUCACCACCAGUCGCCACUGGUGGCCGGGGAAGCGGGAAAGGCAACGAACGGGAAUCACCAUUGGUUACCAUAGCUACCCCGGCCGGAGGUGAAACAUCCGAGGCAAAUGUCACCUCUACCACGGUCGGUGGUAAGCGUGAAGCGAAGGAGUCGGAAAAUCAACGAAAAAAACUGAAACCGAACCCAACGGCUACCGCUGCCGCGGCGACUACAACACCAACGGCAUCACAAACACCAUCCAAAUCGCAAUCACCGGCCACCACGCCGACUGAUCGUAAGCCAAUCUAUCGCACGGCAACCGGACGCACUCCGGUGUACAAACAGCAACAGGCUCAGCAGCAGCAGCAGCAGCAGCAGCAACAACAACAACAACAACAACAACAACAAGACACUACUGCUGCAUCUAAGUACCAACAAUCCCAGCAGGCGACGAGCGUUGCUGCUCAACCAAACCACCACCAAAGUGUACCAUCGGCGAACACAACGAACACGAAGAUGACGACGGGAGCAUCGCAGAUGGCCGCGAUAGCAGCUAGCGCCAGCAAUAAGUUCGGUGCGUUCUCACCCGUUAACGAACCGAGCGUCUAUUCGUUCGACAAUGAAGAUCAAUUCAUGCCAGUAGCGACACCUUUCCGGCGGCAGCAUGGGCGCCGCGAGUCGUGCAAUUCAUCUGCUCGCGACGACCCAGCUGGCGGUCCAUCGGCGUGUAUCAAACGCGAACCCGCGCCUACUGCUGCAUCUUCCGAGGAGUCGAAAGCAGCAAUAACAGCAGCAGCAGGGGCAAUUGGUGGAGCUGUUGGUGAUUCAGGGUUUCAGAAACCACCACUCGUUAGCACCGCUACGGCUGGAGGUUCUACCAAAGGACAACCAUCGGUCAGUGCAAGCAUGCAACCAAAUACUACGGACAAUCGUAAAUCGGCCGAUACCGGCGGCAGGGCUAGCCGCUCCUCCGCAACGGCGGUUGCCUUGCAGGACGAUACCGAUAAGCUUUCCAAGACAUCGACUGGAACGGGGCGUAGUCGUGAAGGGCCCGCAGCUGGAGUGAAGCUAGAACCCGAAGCACCGACGGAUGAUAGUGAAGCGGAAGGUCAAACGUUUUAUAUUCCCCUGCAAGGGCCCACCUCAACCGGUGCUGCUGGUGCGAAACCGGAUCAACUGAUACAGGGUGUGGCGGUCAAGCUCGGUACCGAGGGACCGGAUGGACCGAACCAGCGUGUAAUCAUGCACGCGAAGCUGGUGACCAAGGCGGAAAUGGGAACAAAUCCGACCACGCUGCCUGAGUCGAUGAAUGUGCAGGAGCUGGUAAAAAGCCUCACGGCACAGGUGGGAUUAGCUGGAGCUGGCGCUGCAUCCUUGGGUAAGGAUGCGGGAAUCAUCUCCAAGCUGAUGCCGAUCGGUGCCAUUCAACCACGCUUUAAAGCAACCGAAGGUGGUGCCUCUGCAGCACCGGUGGAACAACGUUCCGAAGGACGAAGCAGUGUCGAACCGGUGCCUCGUCCCGGUGGUCUCUCGCGGAUCAAUUCCAACUCGUCACUAUCAUCUUCGCAGCGAUCCAAACCGACGACCGGUAAAGCGAUUGCGACGACAUCAGCGGUUAAACAGCAACUGCCGCCGGCAAACCUACCCCAAGCGGACAACAGUACAGCGUUCCCGAGGCGUGAUGAACCCGCCCAGAUGGUAGAAGCACCUGUGUUUCGGCCGAGCGAGAAAGAGUUCCAGGAUCCGCUCGAGUACAUUGAGCGUAUCGCGCCCGUCGCGUCCCGGUUCGGCAUUUGUCGUAUCAUUCCUCCGGCCAGUUUUAAACCGGAGUGCCGCAUUGCGGAUGAUAUGCGCUUCAUGGCGUACAACCAGUACGUGCACAAGAUGCUGCACCGGUGGGGCCCGAGCGCGAAAGAGUACGCCGCCAUUAAGAAGUAUUUGGCCACGCAGAGCAUCAACCUGCAGUCGCCACCGGUGAUCGGUGGGAUGGAGGUGGAUCUGCCGCGCCUCUACCACACGGUACAGGAGCUGGGCGGAUUAAAGGAGGUGAUCGAGAAGAAGCGAUGGGCCCGCGUGGCGGAGGAUAUGUGCAUUCCGAAGGCUGCCCACGAUCGCGUCUCGAAGCUUGACGACAUCUACUGCAAGUAUCUGCUACCGUACGAUACGCUGUCCCACGGCGAGCGCCAGAAACUGUUCGACGAGGUUGAGGCGGAUUGGGCGAAGCGGGAAGCGAAGGCGCGCCGCAAUGCGGACAAGGGUGUCGACUCGGAUAUCCGUACCAGCGGUGAAUCGGACGAUGACGAGGAGGGUGAAUCGAACGAGGAUGAGGAUGAAGAGGACGAAGACGAGUGUACGAUGGAGUGCAUCGUAAAGGGACGGAACAUGCCGCUGAAGGAGUUUUUCCGCAUCGCGCGCAACACGAUGUCACUGUGGUUCCGCAGUGGUGAACCGACGGUCCAGGAGAUCGAGGCCGAGUACUGGCGGCAUGUGGCGGUUCGUGAUAGCCACGUUUGCGUUCACUCCGGUUCCAUCGAUUCCAGUGCGCUGGGCUUUGGCUUUCCGAGCCCGAAGGUGAAGGGAUCGUCCUGUGCCAAACACCCUUGGAAUCUGAAGGUUCUGACCAAUAACAAUGGCUCGAUACUGCGCUCGUUGGGUCCGGUGAUGGGCAUCACGAUACCGACGCUACAUGUAGGCAUGCUGUUCAGUGCUUGCUGCUGGUACCGCGACCCGCAUGGCCUGCCCUGGAUCGAGUAUUUGCACACCGGAGCGAAUAAGAUCUGGUACGGUGUGCCGGAUGAACAGAAUGCUAACUUCCGGGCUGCGCUAACCGUGCUCGUACCGACGCACUGUCAGAACAAAACCAUCUGGCUACCGUGCGAUACGGCCAUGGUACCACCGCACAUGCUGACCGAUCGGAGCGUUUCGCUGUGCCGAACCGAGCAACAACCGGGCCAGUUCGUUGUGGUCUUCCCACGGGCGUACACUUCCAGCCUGUGCACUGGGUAUGCCGUUUCGGAGAGCGUUUACUUCGCCACCAAUAGCUGGCUUGAUACGGCUAAGGACGAUUUCCGGGAUAUACAGGAAAGCUGUGAACCGACCAUGUUUUCCGUGGAGCAGCUGCUCUUUGCAAUCGCCAAUGAUCAGCGCAGCAAUCCGGAUACGCUCGCACAAGCCUAUCCGAUGAUUGUUGAUUUCUACGAAAAAGAGAAGCAACAGCGACAGGCGCUCAAGGAUCACGGUGUGACGCAGUCCGAGAAAAUCGAAUCGAAGAAGAAAACCGUCUCGUUGGAUGAGUUUGAGUGUGAAACAUGUCGUGCCAAUCUGUACCUGUCGCUGGUUAAGGUUAAGGUAACGGCUGACGAGGACGAUAAGGAGGACGAAGCGGGUGGCAGCAAUUCGGCCGAUGAAGAGGAGGAAGAGCGACUCUACUGUCUGAAGCACGCGAUCAAGUAUCUCGCCGACGGUCAGCUGCAGACGAAACAUUGCCGGCUAGCGUACACCUACUCGCUGGAGGAGAUCGAUGAGGUGCUGAAGAGGAUGCAGGAUCGCAUCGCUAGCCGUAAGUCGAUCAAAUCGAGUGCUGCCAGUAGUAAUGCCGGUGGUGGCGGCGGUGUUAGUGGAGGUGGUGCUGGAGCUGGUGCUGCAGCUACAGGAAGUGCGAGCGGCGGUGCCGGUCGUGGAAAAUCGACGCUAAAUCUCGCAUCCACCUCAUCGCAAUCAUCUUACCAGGCACCAACUCACAGUAAAUUUUCCGGAAUGGCAACCAUGUUGAAGUAGAGGUCGUCGUCUUGUGUCCGAUGUAAUCUCUCUUCUCGAGCGGCGGUGGCGACGACGGCACUGCCAUGUGCAAUGGAACAACGGUUUCUAAGUUUAAAGGUCGCGCCGGUAAGGCGCCGCGUCAACGCAAUCUUUUUAAAUCCCAUCACAAACCCAGCACAGGCAGCCACUAGUUUCGCUGAUAGCAUAUCAAGAUUCCAAGAUUCGAGAAACUCGAUACCAUUUCUAGGUUUUAAUAUUAUGUGUCAAGCUUGCGUUUACAUUACCACAUUCGUCUUGUGGUCUACACAUCACAGUAUUGCAAUAUUAGCUACCCAUCAUCACCAGAAUCUGUCAAGAUAGCGAAUUAUCUAACUGAUAAUCUCCACGUAUUUGUCUCUAUCUAGGUUAACCGGCGGUAGAGGAUUGAAAAGGUAUGCUUCUUCUUUCAUAUGAGACGAUCAGAGAGGGUAUACAAUACUUUGCAAGCGAAAUGCGUCGUUUCCUUUUGAUUCGCAAAAUCAACUCCCUCGUGAGAGAAUGGUAGAAGGCUUUAGCGAUCAUAUAGUGACUGGGGCGGAGGCAACAUACCGCUUAUAAGGCAGCAAGAAACGUUUCGCUAAGAGCGUACGCUGUAACAAGUAGACUAAUCGGUGAAGAAAGACUUGCUUCCUACCCAUACGGUACAGCGUGAACGUGCGUAUAAUCGCAAUCAAUUCUAUAAUAGCGUUACCCUUUGAGGUUUGUUUUUUUGUUGUGUAGAGAGCAAUUCAUGAAAGGAGAUUCUUUUCUAUUCCUACUAAUCGAUCGUGUGUUUACUUCGGUCGGACACCAAUUUACGUUUCACGCCCUCUUUCGCUAGCUGAGAGUAAGUAGGACUAUGCUUUUCAUUUAAUCCUUUUUCUUUAGGAAGCGGCCUCGAUUGUAGACUCCCCUUCCAUUCCAAAUGUAAAUGUGUGUACGUGUGUUAAAGAAUGAGUGUGCGUGUAUGUGUGUAUGUGUGUCUGUUUGUGUACUAAGAGGACAUGGUAGGAGGUGGAAUCGCUUAUGGUUGCAAGUCUAUCCCAAGAUGUUUAUGUGUUGCGAUACUGGAUGCUCUAGUGACUUGUAGCCAAUCAGAUCGAACGUCGAACGGCAUAGCUAAGCGUGAUACGAUGAAAACACAAUACAAACUCCCCAAGAACUUGGCGGUUUAUUCUUCAAUCGAGAACACACAACCGUAUAACUAGACACAGAGGUGAUGCACAGAUGGAGCGAUAGAAAGCAAAAAUAAUGAAUGCAGAUUAAAAAUUUAUUUACCUCCAACAUUUCGGACAAAACGGUGCACCGUUUGGAACCUAGACAGCUUAAGGAGAUCGAAAGUAAUAGUCACCACAGCGUCAAAUGUGGAAUGGAGUGAUUGAGAAUACAUGUUUAGAGAUAGAAUUCCCUAUAUAGCGGCGAUUUAUAUAAUUUUCGUUGUGUUUUUAUAGCUGAAAAGAAACGGGAGAAUCUUCAUUUAAAAAGAAGACGACGGCCAAAUCGAAGAGUAUAAUAAGACACCUGGAAGCGACGCAACCGUGGUAG